GGCCUUUUGGUUGUGUGGAGCCUGACGACUGUGGACAAGAAAUGCCGGACUCUGGUCACUGGACCAAACUUGAUCCUGAAGUGAACAGUACUGAUGGAGAUGAGUCUCCUACAUACAGCCUACAGAGUGAAGUAGGAAACGGUUUUGAAUGCAAUGUCUCCGGCAUUCGCUGGAUCUGUAAGGAUAAGGUCAGCUUUCAGUACAAGUUUUGCUCUUGGGAGGAACACAUUGAGAGGAUGGAAAGCUUGAAAUACUUGCCUGCAGGUCCUCUAAUGAACAUCAAAGUCAUUGCUGGAAAGUUUGAUGAAGUGUACCUGCCACACUGGAUCUGCAUAGACGGCAACACUGACAUAUUAGGAGAGUUUGCCGUCCUCCACAUCGAUGACUGUGGUGAUGUUGUGGAACAAGUUUCCGAGGUCACGCCUUGCCAUGUCAAGUUAGCUGAACCAGUUUUCUCGCCAAAGGGGGUUCUGAUCAGAGUUGGUGCGCGUGUGAAAACACGCUGCAGCGUGUUGAUAUUUAAGAACAACAAAGCAUUCCUCAAGCUCAAUGUUUAUCUGAUCCCGUGUGAUCCUGGUCUUCGACAGGAAAUUCUCAAGAUUGAAUCAACCAACGGAAACAAAGAAAUUCGAAAACCACCUGAAUAUAAGCACUUGAGAAUGAAGGAUCAUUUUAUCCUAUCAACCGAUAUGGAUGGUGCAGUAAUUUGUCCCAAAGAAGUCAAGCUCAAAUAUGAAUUCACCGAUCCACAGUACUUUCAAGUAUGUAUAAGAAAUCCAGACACAGACUUCAUCCUCAAGCUUACAAAAAAAAAAGAGAGUACACCAGUGUGGACCCGCACAAUUGACAAAGAUGAUUACCAAAGCAAUUCCCAUGCACCAGAUGAUUACCAAGGCACUUCCCAUGCACCAGAGGUGCACUUUGUGGAUAAACACCAGUGUGACCUGAAAGCAAGGGUGAACAAUAUUGGACCAAUAUUGGAUAAGCUACUGGAAAAAGGUGUAAUCCGUCAAGAAGUUUAUGAUAAAAUAAGAGAUACCCCAACCACUCAGGAGAAGAUGAGGAAGCUCUUUCAUGGUCCCCUAAAAUCUGGAGGACAAAAAGCAAAAGACGUCUUCUACCAAAUCCUUGAGAAGGAGGAGUCAUAUCUUGUGGAUGAUCUCAAGAGGAAGGAGUCUGGAGCGGGAGCAAUCUGGAAUUAAGUGUCUUGCCCAAGUACUCAUCGGACAUGUUGCUCAGGAGCUGCGGAUCGAACCGGUUGAGAGAAGACCGUCUCUACCAAUGAACCACAUUCGGGAAAAGAAAAGUGUUUUUUGCCAGUGACCAAAAGACUGCAUAUCACAUUUCAAUACAAGGCUUCAGAUUUAAUUAAGGACAUACAAUGAAAGAUGGCUGAGUUAUCUUUCAGAAAACUGAAGCUAUAAUCAGCUGUCUCUCCGCAAACACAGCAAGACUCCUUCAUACUAAAAAAAAAGUAUAUUCAAAUGUAGUGUUGUAGUCAUGACCGCUCUAACCGAGACCAAGACAUACCCGAGACGAGAAUACUCCGAGAAGAACAAGACAUUUAAGGAUCGAGACUGAGUCCAUAACCAAGGCCAAGGCAGGUCGAGACCGAGACAAGAACUCGACCAUAAAUAUCAAAGAAAAAUCAUUAUCUUGUGUGCAGGGGGACAUGCCACUAAUUUAGACCGUUACACUGGGAAGGUCUGGAGUCCGCCUUGUCUGAUACCGAGACAAGACCGAGCCAAAAUGCUUGCGAUUCCUACACAAGAUCAAGACCUCUACCGUUCAAGUAAUACAACACUGUUCAUAUGUAUAUCCACAUUUUAACCUUCCACGAUUCUGCAUAUAGAACCUUGUUUUUAAAAUUUUUGGAACAAAUAAUAAUUUUUUUAAUGAAUUCUAUUUUCUUGCAUUUCUCGUGUGCCAACAUGAAAGAUAGAAUCUGUAGAGGAGAAGAUGGUACUCUUCUGCAAAAUGCUGUAGAAAAAUGUUUCUGUGAUACCUAUUGUAGGACCGAACGUCCAGUCAACCUGUACAAACAAUUAUUUUCAUACACAAAGAUAUGUGACAUAUUGAUUGAAUAGUUUGACUCCCUGGGCAUUUAUCAAAAAAAAAUAACCUUGGGGCACCUAAUAUAGUCUAAUCUGAACUGUUGCCCUACAUCAUAUAGGCUACUUACUUUUCAAUUGAUGGUAAUCUGAUUGUAAUGUGUGCUGCUCAUUUAUUUGUUUCAUUUUUACGAGAAGAGGAUAUUAUGCAAAAUAAGCUCUUCUCAAACGUGUGUGUGCACAAUUUGUAUUUUAUUUUGUUUUAUUACUUUUAUUUUACCCAUUAAGUAUUAAAUUGAUCACAAGACAUUUGAAAAUAAACUGCUCACAAAAACCAAGGGAACACUUAAAUCACAAAUCAGAUGUUGGUGAACGAAUUGUUUAAGUGGAACAUCUUCAGUGACAUAGCCUAUACGUUGUAUGAUUUGUUAGGAACAAAUUGACGUAGCUAACGAGGGUCAAUUGAAACCAAAAUCUUCAACCCAUUGAGGGCUGGAUUCCAAAUCACAGCGAAAGUAAAAACUACUGAAAUCCCAGCCUUAUCCAACUUUCAUCACAACAUCUCUUAAUUUGACUCAGUCUGUAUAAACUGUAUGCACUCCUGACAAUGUCUGGACAUCCUCCUGAUGAGUCGUCGGAUGGUGUCCUGGGGGAUCUCCUCCCAGACCCCCAGGUGUUGAUCAGUCAUAGUUGCUGCAUGGCUGACGGAGAGCAGCACUGCUAAAAGAAACAAAUCUUAACUGGAUCUUUUAAAAUAUACAAUGAAUUAAUUAAUGACAAAUUUUAAAGAAACAGAAAUAAAGAGAAAAUAUAAAGAA